GAGAACGGGUAUGAGGCUGCUGUCAAGCUGCUGGUUGACAGGGGCGCCAGCUUAGAAUCCGUGGAUAAGUUUGGUCGAACACCGUUGUCAUAUGCAGCCGAGAAUGGGCAUGAGGCCAUUGUCAAGCUACUGAUUGACAAGGGCGCUGGCCUGGAAUCUGCACAUGUUGGUGGUCGAACACCGUUGUCAUUCGCAGCCAAGGGGGGGCAUGAGGCUAUUGUCAGGCUAUUGGUCGACCAGGGCGCUAGAUUACAACCCGCAGAUGAUCCAACACCGCUGCAGUAUACAGCUGACAAUAGGCAUGAGACCAUUAUCAAGCUUCUAGUCGACAAGGGCGCCAGGUUGGAAUACGCGCCUUGGUCAAAUGGUCAAAACCCGCUGUUCUGCGGGGAUGGGGGGAUCGUCAAGCUACUAAGAGUGCCAGGCCAACACUAA